CCCAUCACUAACAAAACCAUGACACCCCCACCAAAAAUUUCCCUGGCUUAACUAAACAUCUAUCGUUCCCGACUUCUUCCUCACUGUCUUGUCCGCACUAUUUAGACACUGUGACAGACGCUACCGGUCUUGUUGCUUGUGUCGGAGACCCAUAGACACCUACCCCUCCUGAUAUCCCACCACCAACGCCCCGGAAUCCAAAACUCGCCCCAGCCCUCUGUCCGGGUUGAUCGCAGCCACACGCCCUCUGCGCUGCGUACACUUUCAUGACCAGAGACAUAUAAGAUUCUGGGCGUAUCUCUAGGCCAUAAUGUCUCUACUCCCUCCAGAAGUGCAAGCGGCUCUCGCUCAGCUGCUUGUGGCGCUGCAAUCCCCCGACAAUGUCCUCCGAACCGAAGCGGAGAAGCAACUGAACGACGACUGGGCGGCUCAGAGGCCGGAAGUGCUUCUGAUGGGCCUGGUCGAGCAGAGUGCCGAAGCAGGCGAUUAUCCAGUGAGAACCUUUGCUGCGGUCCUGUUCCGACGGAUCGCGACACGGACGAAGAAAGAUGAGAGCGGUAAUUUCAAGGAGACGUUUAUUUUACUGUCUCCGGCCCAUCGACAGGCGAUCAAGGCCAAGAUGCUGGAAGGGCUCCGGUUGGCAGAGAACAGAGAACUCCGGAACAAAAUCGGCGAUGCCGUGGCCGAAGUGGCUCGCAUGUACUCCGACGAAGGCGAAGUAUGGGCAGAACUACUUGAGGCCUUGUUCCAAGCCAGCCAGUCGCCGAACCCAGAGGUCCGCGAAAUUGCUUUCCGGGUGUUCUCCAUGACACCGCAGAUUAUCGAGAAGCAACAUGAAGAAGUUGUCCUAGAGUCAUUUACAACGGGGUUCAGGGAUCAAGAUGUUGGGGUCCGGCUAUCCGCCAUCGACGCCUUCUCAGGAUUCUUCCGAUCAAUCAACAGGAAGAGCCAACAAAAAUAUUAUUCCCUCAUUCCCGAAAUCCUCAAUAUCCUCCCUCCUCUCCAAAAUAAUGAACACUCCGACCAGCUGUCGAGAGGCCUCCUGUCCUUGAUUGAACUCGCCGAAACCGCUCCGAAGAUGUUCAAGCCUUUGUUCAGCAACCUUGUCACGUUUGCUGUGUCCGUCAUUCAGGAGACGGACUUGGAUGAUUCAGCCCGACAAAAUGCCUUGGAGCUCAUGGCUACCUUUGCCGAUAAUGCGCCGCAGAUGUGCAAGAAGGACCCGAACUACACCUCGGAGAUGGUCACGCAGUGCUUGUCUCUUAUGACCGAUGUUGGACAGGAUGAUGACGACGCCGAGGAGUGGAACGCUUGUGAAGACCUUGAAGCGGACGACAACGACCUGAACCACGUUGCUGGAGAACAGACCAUGGAUCGGCUCGCAAACCGGCUCGGUGGCGCAGCGCUUCUUCCACCGACAUUCAACUGGCUUCCACGAAUGAUGAACUCCGCCGCGUGGAAAGAUCGACAUGCCGCCCUAAUGGCGAUUUCGGCCAUCUCAGAAGGAUGCCGGGAUCUGAUGAUCGGCGAAUUGGAUAAGGUCCUCAACCUCGUGGUUCCCGCUCUCGAAGACGCGCACCCUCGCGUGCGGUGGGCAGGAUGCAAUGCGUUGGGCCAAAUGAGCACCGAUUUCGCCGGGACGAUGCAGGAGCAAUACCACCGAGUCGUGCUUCCCAGCAUUAUCCCCGUCCUCGAAGCCCCGGAGCCACGCGUGCAAGCGCACGCUGCGGCUGCGUUGGUCAACUUCUGCGAGGAGGCGGAGAAGUCGGUCCUCGAGCCCUACCUCGACAAUCUCCUUAGCCAUCUGUUGCAGCUCUUGCAAAGCCCGAAACGCUUUGUCCAGGAACAGGCGCUCUCCACCAUUGCCACGGUCGCGGAUUCCGCGGAACAGGCCUUUGGACGAUAUUAUGAUACCCUAAUGCCGCUAUUGUUCAACGUGCUAAAGAACGAGCAGGACAAGGAAUAUCGCCUACUAAGAGCGAAAGCCAUGGAGUGCGCAACCCUGAUCGCAUUGGCGGUUGGAAAGGAGCGCAUGGGACAGGACGCGGUAGCUUUGGUCAACCUCUUGGGAGCCAUUCAGCAAAACGUCACCGAGCCCGACGAUCCUCAAGCGUCGUAUCUGCUUCACUGCUGGGGCAGGAUGUGCCGUGUUCUUGGGGCGGACUUCCUUCCAUACAUGGGCGCUGUGAUGCCACCUUUGGUUGAACUGGCCAGUGCCAAGGCGGAUAUUCAACUCCUCGAGGAUGAGGACAAGGUCGCGACCGUCGAGCAGGACGACAACUGGGAGAUCAUCCCCCUCAAAGGCAAAUUCAUCGGCAUCAAAACCAGCACUCUCGACGAUAAGUACAUGGCUAUCGAGCUGAUCGUCAUCUACGCUCAAGUCCUCGAAGCGGCGUUCGAGCCGUACGUGAAGGACAUCAUGGACAAGAUCGCCCUUCCCGGCCUGUCUUUCUUCUUCCACGACCCCGUCCGCACCGCCGCCGCCAAAUGCGUCCCGGCCCUCCUCAACUCGUACAAGAAGGCCCACGGCGGCGAAUCCUCGUUGCUCAUCGAGCUGUGGGAACCGACGAUCCAAAAGAUCCUCGAAGUCGUCGCCACAGAACCCACCAUCGAAUCCCUCGCCAACAUGUACGAAUGCUUCUACGAAUCCGUCGAGAUCCUCGGCCGCGGAUGCCUCACCGACGCGCACAUGGGCGAGUUCGUCAAGAAUGUGCAAGGCGUGCUGGAGGAGUUCGCCGAGCGUGUGCAGGGACGCCUUGAAGAAGCGCAGGAGCGUGAAGAAGGCGACGAGGAGUCGGAGGAAUUCCUCGCUGCCGUCGAGGACGACCAGACGCUGCUGUCCGACAUGAACAAGGCGUUCCACACUAUCUUCAAGAACAUGAGCACCGCGUUCCUCCCGCACUGGGAGCGCCUCCUCUCCUUCUACGAGGCCUUCGUCCGCAACCCCGACCCCACCCAGCGCCAAUGGGCCAUCUGCAUCUUCGACGACGUCCUCGAGUUCUGCGGGCCCCAGUCCUUCGCUUACAGCCGCCUCAUCAUGGAGCCGCUCGUCAACGGCGUGCAGGACGAGUUCCCCGCGAACCGCCAGGCCGCUGCGUACGGCGUCGGCGUUGCCGCGCAGAAGGGCGGCCCGCAGUGGGCGGAGUUCGUGGCGGGUGCGAUGCCGCUACUGUUCGGGGUGGUGCAGCGGGCAGACGCACGCGGCGAGGAUGAGGUGUAUGCGACGGAGAACGCGUCGGCGGCGAUCGCGAAGAUCUUGCAUUUCAAUGGGUCGAAGGUCACGAAUGCGGAGGAGGUGGCGGCGCGAUGGAUCGAUACGUUGCCGAUUGUGAACGACGAGGAAGCGGCGCCGUACGGAUAUGGAUUCCUAGCUGAGUUAAUUGACAGACAAACCCCUGCCGUCUACACCCAAGCCCCCAAAUGCUUCACCUUCAUCACGCAAGCCCUCGAAGCCGAAACCCUCCAAGGUGCCACCGCGGUGCGCGUCGUCGCCGCCGCCAAGAAGCUCGUCGCCGCCACCGGCAUGGACGCCAACGCGGCGCUGAGCACCAUGUCCGAAGAGACGCAAGCCACGGUUCGCGCGAUGUUUGCGUAGACGAGAGCUAACGGUGGGUAUAGGUCGGAUGCGGCGGUGGAGAAGCGUGUCAGUUAUGUGGAUUAUGGGGAUGAUGCGAGG